UGUCUGGUACUGCAACAAUGAGUGGGAAAUCCCUGCUCUUAAAGGUCAUUCUCUUGGGUGACGGUGGAGUUGGGAAAAGCUCACUUAUGAACCGUUAUGUAACCAAUAAAUUUGACUCCCAAGCUUUUCACACCAUAGGGGUCGAGUUUUUAAAUCGUGAUCUGGAGGUAGAUGGACGCUUUGUAACCCUCCAGAUCUGGGACACUGCAGGGCAGGAACGUUUCAAGAGCCUUAGGACGCCCUUCUACAGGGGAGCAGACUGCUGCCUCUUGACCUUCAGUGUGGAUGACCGGCAGAGCUUCGAGAACCUCGGCAACUGGCAGAAAGAAUUCAUCUACUAUGCAGAUGUGAAGGACCCUGAACACUUCCCCUUUGUAGUUCUGGGUAACAAGGUAGACAAAGAGGAUAGGCAAGUGACUACUGAGGAGGCACAAGCCUGGUGCAUGGAGAAUGGGGAUUAUCCUUAUUUAGAAACAAGUGCCAAAGAUGAUACUAACGUGACAGUGGCCUUUGAAGAAGCUGUCAGGCAGGUGUUGGCUGUAGAGGAACAGCUAGAGCACUGCAUGUUAGGUCAUACCAUUGACUUGAACAGUGGCUCCAAAACAGGAUCUUCAUGUUGUUAAAAGAAUGGAGGGAGCCUUUUAAAAGUGUAUCCUAAAUUUGUCAGUCAGUAGUUUAUGAAUAACUGCCCCUCUAAGGGGGCACACACAUA